GGUGACGUUGCGGAGACUAGCGCGGUGCCCGUCACAUCAGCAUGUUUGCGGCGUGGUUCUGCUGGACCGGUGACGGACAGAACCGUCUGAGAGACGCGGGGAGACGCGCAGCACCGACCGUCUGAGCUGACCGACAAUGAGCCACUCAACAAGGAAGCCGGUUAAAGACUGGACCAUAGAGGAAGUCCAUCAGUGGUUGAUGACGGAGGUCAAAGUACAUCAAACAGACGCAGACAAGAUCAGGGAUGAGGAAAUAUCAGGGGAAUAUCUUGUCCUCUUUCAGAAGAAAGAUAUCUUGGACUUGGACAUAAAAUGUGGACCUGCAGUCAAAAUCACGUUUCAUCUGGAAAAGCUGAAACAAGGCUCAAAACAUAAACCCCAGUUUCCAGAUUAUGUAGAAAAAUGGACAAAGGAGCAGGUUUGUCAGUGGUUGCUGCAGCAUGUGAACAUAUACAGCAAAUAUGCAGAAUGCUUUCAGAAGGAAGAUGUGUCCGGGGAUUGCCUGGUUUGCUUUGAGAAGAAGGAUUUGUUGGAUCUUGGUGUGAAGAGCGGCCCGGCGAUGAAGAUUCUGGAUGACCUUCGCAAGUUGAACAGUAAACCAGAGCCUGUGCUACAGAAAAGCGCCAACCAAGAAGGUCCCCAAAAAGCUCUGAAAUGUGACCCCAGUCCAUCUCAGGCUUUAACAAGCAGACAACCGCAGCCGGUGGCGAGAGCUGAAGUCAUUCAACCUGAAUCCAAAAAGGUUCAACUUCCAAUGGAGAAAUCUCCCCAGGAGAAAUCGAAGAAGCCAAAGAAUUCCCAAACAGAGCCAACGCAGGCUGACGAGAUAACAGCCCUGUUAACGUCAGCCACAUUACUGCAGAAUACUCUGGAACAACUCGGGAAAAAUGAGCUGAAGACAUUCCGGUUCCACUUAAGACAUUUAAGUCUGAAUCAGCGUGAAUCCAUAGCUCAGAGUAAGCUGGAGGACAGGGACUCCAUGGACGUUGUUGAUUUAAUGAUUGACCACUAUGGCAACGAGGAGGCGCUCCAGGUCACACUGGUUGUUCUGGAGAAGAUAUAUCGGCGUGAUCUGGUUUGCCACCUGACAAGUAAAAUGGGUCAACUGAGUCUGCAACGUCAGUCAAAAGAAGUUCAGAGGAGAGAAGCGAACCAAGGAGACAAACUGAAGAACCUGUUAACUUGUGGGGGAAACUCUCUUGACAACUACGAUAGAUUCAUUCUAGUUGUAAACAAAAGUAGUCUACAACAAUUGGAAUACCUCCAGUUUUUGAAUAAACUGAAAUUAUUCUGUGUGUUGGACUUUGACCCGAACUCUGCUGUCCCUGGUGGACUUUGCCAUUCCUACAGAGAGUGUCGGGUGGCCAAUCUCCAUAUGCCAGCUCAGUAUCAGGGACAGACCGAUGUGGUGAUUAAGAACCUUAACCUUUAUAAACAGACCAGUUGGGUAUUCUGCAACGGGAGACAUGACCUGGACAGCGACUCACAAAGAGAGUUGGACUAUAAGAACUGGUUUAGGACCGCCUGCAAAGAUGUGGAACAGUUGAUUUCAUUCAUUUGCAAACCUGAAGUUCUUCUGCACGGCAGAACUCUCAUCAUAUUUCUUCUGCUUUCACCUGUUCUAAAUGAGAAAGACCCAGUCUUCGACACCUACAAGGCUUUCUACAAAAAUCGAGAGGAGGAGAGCAUCAUUAGUAUUUGUGAAUCUCAGAGUUCGUAUGAGCAAUGGAGGGACUUGAUUCAGGCAAAGUGUGAAUGUGACAUUACCAGGCAGUCAGUUUAUGAGCUGACCCUCAGUGAGAUUAAUGGAACUAUAAUGGCACUUGGACCAUUCAAUCAUUCAGCUGGGAGGCUGCUUCCCUCUCCUGACUCCAGUGUUGUUAUUUUGAAGAGAAAAGAUGAAGAUUUCAUAACAGCUCUCGACAUUUUGUGUAUAAAUCAAUGUGAGAACAUCUAUGAUGAAAACAGCACUGAUUUCCAUGACUUCAAACUCAAAGUUGAGGAGGAAUUUUUUCGAGGAGGUAAAGUUAAGUGGUGGAACUUCUAUUUUUGUGACAAACCUAAAGGAAAGCCAUUCAUCAAACGAGACAAAUAUGAUAAUCUCAAGAAGAUGAUCAAAUCACAACCUAAGGACCCCAAAAUGGUGUGUGUGCUGCUCAACCUCUUCCAUCAUCCAGGCUGUGGUGGAACCACCUUGGCGAUGCAUGUCAUGUGGGACCUUCGUCAAGACUUCAGAUGUGCAGUCUUGAAAGACAACACACUCUCAAAAACUGAAGUGGCCAUUCAAGUUCGAAAACUGAUGAUGCUUGAAAGUGACAAACCAACUCCAGUUCUGCUGUUAGUCGACGAUUCAAAGGAAACUGAGAAUGCUCAGUAUCUUGUGAACUGUAUUCGUAAGGCCGUUGUAGAGGAUUGCUCAAACAGAACUGGUGAUGAUGCACCAAACUAUCAAGUUAUCAUUCUGAACUGUGUUCGGUCUCAUAGCCCAAAGGAACAGUAUCGGCAACAUAGUCCAACACAUUGUCAGUACAUUACCAUGUCACUAACACAAAACGAGCAAAAUGAAUUCGAGGAGAAACUUCAAGAACUCAAAAAGACUCAUGAAAAGCCUGAAAACUUCUACAGCUUCAUGAUCAUGAAGAGCAACUUUGACAAAAGAUACAUUGAUGGUCUGGUUCAUAACACACUGGAGAACUUAGACAUGACCACAAAGAAUGCUCAACUCUUUGCCUUCCUGGCCUUAUUGAACACCUACGUUGCUGAGUCUGAAAUCUCCAUCUCGCUCUCAGAGGAUUUUUUGGGAAUGAAAAUGAUUCGCUGGCGAGAGGAUAACAUAAUGGACAGAAUGAAACCAUAUUCCAACUUUCUUAUCAUAGACACAAUAGAGGAAUAUGGGGGAUACAAAGGAAUCAGAAUCCUUCAUCACUCCAUAGCCUCUGCAUGUCUGGACGAGUUUGAGAAAAUUUACCACCUGAAAGUCAGUGAGAUAGCCAUCGACAUGCUUCAGUGCAACCUUUUCUUCAAAAUUGGAGUUGUGAGAGAUACACUGAUGCUCUCAAUCCAGCGGAUGUUGAUUGAAAGGCAGCGCAAGAAAGACGGGGAAGAAAGAGAGAUGUUUUCUCCUCUUAUAGUGAAAAUCCACAACCAGCAAGGAAGACAAACUAUCCAAGAAAUCUUUGUCAAAGCAUCUUCCCAGUUUGUUACAAGUGCAUCUAUUCCUCAAGCACUGGCAAGAUAUUUAUACAUCAAUGAGCAGGAUUUUCAAGAGGCUCUAAAAUGGGCUGAAAAAGCCAAAAAGCUCAAAGAAAACCCGUACACACUUGAUACUAUUGGACAGGUGUACAAAAGUAAUUUGAAAUCUAACAUGCAGAGUGAAAAGAAGACGUCAUGCAAUCCAAAUGACUUGGACACAAACAUCAAGUUAGCCGUUUAUGCCAUCAAAGCUUUUCAGCGAGCCCAAGAGCUGGCCCAUACAGAGGAUGAACCAGAGGAGGAAGAUGGUGAUGAAGACUCAGUGGACUAUCCCACAAAAUCAUCCUACCAUGUUUAUGGCUACGUGGGGACACUGGAGAUUAUCUUCCUGGUCAUUGAAAUGUUGGGCAGAUUGCCAUUCUUUGAGGAGGGCGAUAUGAGAAAGAUGUACCUGCGAAGUUUUCUAAAGCAAAAGAUCCCCAUUACCAGUGUGUACAUAGAACAAAAUGAAAUCAACAACAGAUAUGUAGAGAUCAUCAAGGAACACGAACGAUUUCUCCUCAGCUUGAAAACUGAAGCCAAAGAAAUAUUUGAGUUCUUUGACUGUUACUUUACAUACAUGAAAGGAAACAACUCAGGAGAAUUUGAUUCAAAGAAUCACUGGACGAUCUGUUCUCACUUUAAAAAGUAUAUCAACCUUUUUUGCACUUCCACCGAGGAAACGAAAAUGGAGCGAGCGAGCAACCCUAAACUGAAUUUAAGGAUGGAUAUUGAGGGACAUCGAGCAUUUCUGGAGGAGAGACACGCAGAUACAUUUGCAGGCAUAUUUCAGUGUUUAGACAGGGCUGCUGCGGACAUGGAGAAAAUCACUCAAUGCUAUGCAUUCUUACUUCAAAACCAACAGCACAGCAACCCAAAACAAAAGACAAAGGACAAAAUAAACUACAUUUUGUCAAACGUCAUUCUCUACAUGUUGAAACCAAAGUCCAAAUAUGUGAAGACCUACAAAGAACUCACUGCUCUUCUUUCUGGAACCCUUCAAGAAAUUGGAAUACACUAUUCCUUCCCAGACCCAUACUACUUAGCCCUGCUGUUCUUCUGGCCAGAUCCGACUCAGGAAGACACAGAAAUUAGAACGUAUGUGAAUGCAAUUCGAAAGUCCUCCCGAAAGCGUCUGUCGAUGUUGUUUCAAAAGAGGAGCACAGUUGCCCACUUCUACUUAGGAAAAGACUCUGAGCUUGGGAGACUUGUUCCCAAACCCAAACUUGAUGAGUGUUUUGCCAAGAUAUCUCGAAAUACCUUGGCACAGCUUUGGCAAAGUGGAGACAUUUUUAAGGAAAAGGAAAUCAUCAGCCGCCUUCAUCGGGUCAAUGGAAUCGUUGAGUUAGGAGAGGUGUUUGCAAACUACGGGAACCAAAAAAUCCCGGUACGUCCAGCUUUUCUUGGCGGAAUAAGAAGUGGCUUUAGUACCGAGAAAGUUUCCUUCUAUAUUGGUUUUGCUAUCAAUGGACCCCUUGCAUAUGACAUCCAGUAUGUAGACUAG